GCUUUGGAGAGGUCAUUGAAGAAAUUCUGUGGAGGAGGUUCAGAACUCUGCUCUGCUGCUGGUCUCUGAGAAGUUGUUGGAUGAAGAAAGUUCUUAAAGUCAUCAAUCACUUUAGCGCUUCUAUCACCUCCUCCUUCUAGAUUGUGAUUCUCAGAGGAGGUUCCAGCAUUGUUACCUUUACCUUUCCCUCCACCACAUGAGAGACCCAAGCUGAGCUCAAGCCCAUUAUCAUCAUCCAUUUUUUUUGUUUCACACUAUCCUAAACAGCUCAACAGAUCGUUAUAACAUCCCCUGUCAUCUGAGAAAAAUCAUUAGUCACAAAAAAGGAACCCAAUCAUCACUUUCCCUUUUUAAAAAUUUAUAACCAAAAAAAGGAAACAUACAAAAAGGUGUAGACUUUUCGAUCUGUUUACGGACAAAAAAACUCUGAAGACUCUGGUAAUGAUUAAUAGCACUACAAUAAGCAGAAGAUCUGUCAGGUAAUGAUGUUCGGUAAUAUUAUCAUAAACCUCUUGAAUCACUCCAAAGUACCAGACUUUGGAGUUUGGAAUCAUCAUAGAUUAGUACCCAGAACCCUUACUACAGAGCUGGAGAGCCAAUUCAGCUUAACUUAGAGCCAUUUCAAUCACAAAGAAACUCAGAAAUCUUAAAUCGAGUCAGAGAGUGAACAAAAGUAAAACCUGAAACAAUGACGAUCAGAAGAAAAGAAAAAACCCUAGCAGCUUCGCGGCGUCGCUUUGUGUCUACGUUUCCAUACGUCUAUGUGCCAUUGCUUUUUUCUCCAUCUUCUAACGAUUAUGAUGUGGAGGGUCUGUAGGGAUCUUGAAUGGAUGAUUUAUGGGAGCACAUUGAAGUACCAGCACUCACAUCCGAGGCGUUAUGCGGGAGGAGCUGGGGGAGAGGAAGAGAAUCAAUGAAGGGAUGAGACGGCGAUUAGGGUUGGGUGGAGAAGGAGCCAUAUGUUUAGAACACGGGAUUGUGCGACAUCACUGUCAAGAGAAACUCGGGAUUGGGCUGCAAGAUGGGUCAAAUGGGCUGUGAAGGUCACUAAUUUUUUUUAAUUUCAAGCCCAGUCCAAAAUGACCUGGCACUUUGAUUGGUCAUGAUUAUUUUGACCAUGUGGAUAGCCUUAGGAAGCUCAAAUUUAGCUUCUUUUAUAUAGUGGGAUAUGUUUAGAACACGGGAUUGUGCGACAUCACUGUCAAGAGAAACUCGGGAUUGGGCUGCAAGAUGGGUCAAAUGGGCUGUGAAGGUCACUAAUUUUUUUUAAUUUCAAGCCCAGUCCAAAAUGACCUGGCACUUUGAUUGGUCAUGAUUAUUUUGACCAUGUGGAUAGCCUUAGGAAGCUCAAAUUUAGCUUCUUUUAUAUAGUGGGAUUGAACAAGGUCAAAGACUAUACACUACACAACUGGUACCUCUUACGUUAUUACAUUGUAAAAGUACGUGUACUAAAUAUACUUUUUCUUUUACCUAGGACUAAUCUUUGUGUGUCAUAGAUUGAGACAUGUUCAAAUCUAUAAAGAUUCCUUUUGCCAAAAAUAUAUUCACUUAAAGUUGAUUUAAAAGUAAAUAGAAUAAACACAAAAUUAACUACUCAUUCAUGCAUACAUGAUUGGUGGCCUAAUGGUUUAAGAAGAUUCAUCAUGGCAGCCUGGGUAUUCCAGAUAUACGUAAAUUUGAUAAAAUAGACAACUAUGAAAAUAAUGAACAAGAAAACGAGAGCAAGUAUCGUAAUUCAUUUCCAUAAUUUUCAAAUAUUGUUUUAUUUAUAUUUUUCUUCUCGUUUUCAAGAUUUUAUGUACUUCAUGUGUUUUAAAGAAUAUCAUUUUAACAUUUUUUUUCUUGUUAAAAUAAUGUCAUUUUAGAAUUCUAAUGCAAAUUAUACUUAUUUUCUGUUUGAUAUUAAUUGCAAACUGUAUGGAUCUUAUAAAAAAUCUAUUUAUCUCAAUUAAUAUUGGUCAAAUAUAUGUAAUUCAUAAAAAUAUAAAUAUGUGAAAAUGUCAAAGUGACAUUUUUAUGAAAUGGAGUAAGUAUAUUUUAACAAUAUUUUAAUGUAUUUGUAAAUGAUAUUCCUAGUUUUUAAUAUCUCUCAUUAAUAAAAUUAUUAAAUAUAUAUGGAAACUUAGUAUAUAUUUCAAAAACUGGAUCUGUUUUUUUUUGAUAAAUUCUUUAAAACAAGUUAAUUAGCUGUUUUGGUAAUUUUGCAAACAAAUUAAAUGUUUUUGAAAACAGUCAAACAAUAUAUUGAGUACAAACAACUCAUGGCAAUCUAUUAAACAUUUCAAACCAAAAAUUUCGUGUCAGUUUCUAAAUUCACUAAUAUAUUCUGUAAAACUGUCAUUGACUUACCAAAUCAGAGGAAGAUUACACUUUAAUAUUAAUCAAGACCAUAUUUAUUUCAAGCUCGGUCGGAUCUCCCGAAUCCAAGCAAAAACUCGGUUAAGCUCCAACCCACAAUGGCUAUAUAAACAGCAUCCACCACACCCAAGUAUCUUCACAUUUGUGCUAAACAAAAACAAAAGAGAGACAAACUCCAAACACCAAACUCAAAAAUAACCAGAGAGUUGUUUGCUCUAAACUAGAAGUCAAGAAAAUGGGAAUCAUAGUUCCAGUAUUGACCCUUGUUUUCCUCUUGCUCACCACAAUGAGCCAUGCUGCCUCCAAACCGAGGAUGAUUCUGGUUGGUGGAAAUGUUGGGGCGUGGAAGGUUCCAGAUUCUCCCAGCAACACUCUCAAUCACUGGGCUGAGGCAAAUCGUUUCAAAGUCGGCGACGUUCUUGUGUGGAAUUAUGACGCGAAAGUUGAUUCGGUGUUACAAGUGACAAAAGAAGAUUACGAUAGUUGUAACAUAGCAAAGCCCUUGAAGCAGUUCAAUGAUGGAGACACAAAGUUCGAGCUUGACAACUCAGGAGCUUACUUCUUCAUCAGUGGUGCUCCUGGAAGCUGCACUAAAGGCGAGAAGAUUCAUCUAGUUGUUCUGUCUGAACGCAAUAAUCCUGGUGGCGGUAGCGGUGACGGUGGCAGUCCUAUGGUUUCUCCCGUUACUAGUUCUCCGGCGCCUUCAACUCACGCUUCAGCUCCAGCUCCAAACGCUGCGGUUGGAUUGAAGGUUGGAAGCGGUUUGUUCUUGACCGCGGUUGCGAUUGGUUUGGCUAUGGCUUAGAGGCAUUGAUCGAGAGAAUGCAGCGUUGUCGUUUUCAAUCUUUUUAGCAAGAUUUAUUAUUUGUCUUUUUUCAUGUUGUUAAAGUUUCAAAUCUUUUUUAGCAAGAUUUAUGUGCGUUUUUCAAUUAAAAAGGAUGUUUAUCACUCUCAAAAGUCUAUUCUUGUGAUUUGAUCUUAAUUUUAUAUCUGAACGUUUUUAUUAGUCUCAACAUGGGAACGACACUGAAAAUGUUUAUAAAUGAACAGUUAUGCAAUGGGCUAAGAGAAACUCUAUUUCAUAAAACUUUAGAGGAAUUCUCAAAGAAAAGCAAUUUUAUUAUCUAACUAGGUUAAGACCCGCGCCUUGCACGGGAUGAAUAUUAUAUAUAUAAAUUAUUUUAUAUAUUAUAUGUUUAUAACAUAUUAUGAAAUAAUAAAUAUAUAUUGAAUAAUUAAAAAGUCAUUAUCUACUACUUAUAUAAUUAAAUUGGUGC